AACCAAUCGUGAAGCGUUCUAAGACAUUUAAAUCUUGUGAGGUUUUUUUUUUGAACAUUUCAAACACUUUUCACGAGACCUGGGAGCCGGAGAGACGUGUCUUGUGUGCGUGACUGUUUUACACCAACACUAGAGAAGUGAGUAACUAAAAGAGACUCCUCACAAUGGCGCAGUUUGGUUUGGAGAACGACAUCAGCAACACCCUGAAGCUGGACGUGCCGAUCACAAACGCGCCCAUUGCCCGCUGGCAGAGGAAGGCGAGCUCGUCCAACAUGUCUAUGAACGGUUUGUCCCCUGGGAAGUCUGUUAAUGUCUCCCAGAAUUCCUCCAAGACGCCUGGGAGAACACCAGGCCGAAUGAGGAAAGCAACUCCGACAAGGAUGAUGGGAGGUGACCGCUUCAUCCCGGUCAGAAAUACGAAGCAAAUGGAAAUGGCAAGUUUCUUGCUGACAAAGGACAAUCAGCCUAAGGAUGCCAACACUUCAGCAGCAACAUUGGAACAGCAGAAAGCAUUGUCAAUGGCCCUGAAUGGAUGCAACAUAGAAGAAGCCCGCAUCUUGCAAUUCAGUGCAAAACCAGCUGCUCUUCCAGAUGGCCAGCACAGUGCCUUGAAGGCCCUCUACAAUCAGACCGUCACGCCCAUGUCCAACAAGAAAACACGAUGCAUAUCUUCAACACCCGAUAGAAUCCUUGAUGCUCCUCAGAUUAGAAAUGAUUUUUAUUUAAAUCUGCUUGACUGGAACUGUAAGAAUACUAUGGCUGUGGCGCUCCACAAUAGUGUCUAUUUGUGGGAUGCUAGUAAAGGAAACAUCACCCACCUCAUGACCAUGGAGCAGGAAACAGACUAUGUCAGUUCUUUGUCUUGGAGCAAAGAUGGAAGCUACAUCUCAAUUGGGACCAGUGACUGCGCUGUCCAAUUGUGGGACGUAGAGCAGGAGAAAUGCCUGCGCAGUAUGGCGAGCCACUCUGCAAGAGUCUGCAGCAUGAGUUGGAAUCAACACAUCCUUUCAAGUGGCAGCAGGUCAGGGCAGAUUCACCACCAUGAUGUGAGGGUGGCAGAUCACCACAUUUUCACCUUGAAAGGCCACUCUCAGGAGGUGUGCGGCCUAAAGUGGUCUCCGGACGGCCGCUACCUGGCCAGCGGAGGCAAUGACAACACGGUGUGCAUUUGGCCUCGCAUAUCACAGGGCCGUGGCGAAGUAAGCACUCCGGUGCGCUCCUGGGAUCUCCACAAAGGAGCUGUCAAGGCCCUGGCCUGGUGUCCGUGGCAAUCAAACAUCCUGGCCUCUGGCGGCGGCUCCACUGACUGUCACAUCCGCGUGUGGAACGUCACCAGUGGCGCCUGCCUCAGUUCACUAGACACGCAGUCCCAGGUCACCGCCCUUUUGUUUGCUCCUAACUACAAGGAGCUGGUGUCUGCACAUGGUUACGCAGACAAUAGUGUGAUGAUCUGGAAGUACCCAUCCCUGACAAAAGUGGCAGACCUCAGAGGACACGAAGACCGAAUUCUUAAUCUGGCCAUGAGCCCAGACUGUUCCACCAUUGCUAGCGUGGCAGCGGAUGAGACGAUCCGCCUAUGGCGGAGCUUCGAAGAGGACCCCAGCAAGAAGCCCAAGGAAGCUCGAUCUCUGAGGACCGCCUUGUGCCAGUCCAUCAGAUGAACCAUGUCACUCCAUGUCAGCAAUGGACACUUAAAUGUGAAAUAAAGUUUUCUAGCCAGUGUUUUAGCAAUGGCAGCUUUUUAAUACCCGUGAUUGGGUCAUAUUCAAAUUUUAUUCUGGUGUUCAACUGGAUUUGCUUACUUCCAAGCAGCAGUUUGAGUUUAUUAAUUUUGGUGUGUUAUCCAUACACUGUAUAUCAUAUUUGCCAUAGUUUUGCAAUCAACUUAACAAUAAAUCUAUUGGACAAA